AUGGAGGGGGUGGCUAGAACCAUUACAUCGGAAAAUUAUGAUCAAUAUCAGAAAGAUGCGAUUCAAACAUUAGCUUCUUACGUGCAGAAGCAGAGGCUCGCGCUUCCUCAAGGGGAAAUCAAGUUUUAUCGUACAGUAGAUCCUGUGUUGACCGGUACCUUAGAUAUUCUAUCGAAAAGGAUCAGAACCAAACUGAAUCAAUUGAUCGCAAAUGUUGACUUGCCGGGUUGCGAACAGCUUGGUAGGGUAACCGAUGCCAAAGAAGUUGACAUUUGGUACAAAGAUAUUAUUACGUUGAAUGAUUCGCUGCUUGAUGGCGCGAACAUUUCCUUGGACGAGUUUACCGGUCGAAACCGCAAGUUUGCCGCGUCGAGCGCAACUCAACUUGCGCCCACCAUUGGAAAAGUACAAUCCAAAUCAGGACCAGUCAAUGUUGUUUAUUCUCGGGUAAUUGGUCGCCCGCAGAUUAAGUUUAAGAAUAAAGUUGACAAUUCUGGGGCACCGUUUGUCCCGAAACUUUCAUAUAAACCAAAUGGAAUAGUGCCUUUUAAAGAAGGAUCCAGCCAUUCUCAUCCUUACCAAUAUGAGAUAACGAAUAUAAAGUAUCCAAGUUUUAUCUUCGAAAAGAACCCACCCAUAAAUUAUCCCUCGAUUGAGACCACCCCGUUUACCUGGGUCGAUACCUUGGAAGAGUUGUCCGCCGUGUGUCAAAAAUUGGAGGCGUCACGGGAGUUCGCGGUCGAUCUUGAACAUCAUGAUUAUCGAUCAUACCAAGGAUUCACCUGCCUUAUACAAAUCAGCACACGCGAUGAAGAUUUUAUUAUUGACGCACUGGAAUUAAGAGAUUCUUUACAUACCCUUAAUAAUGCUUUCACCAACCCGAAUAUAUUAAAGGUCUUCCACGGGGCUGAUUAUGAUAUCCAGUGGUUGCAAAAAGAUUUUGGCGUCUACGUUGUCAACAUGUUCGAUACCGGUGCAGCCUCUUAUAUUUUAGUGACGCUGGAUCGUUCUGCCGAGGUGUCACUCAAAGUUUAUGAGACAUUUGGUUACGAUAAAACAGGAAAGGGACCGGGGGGCUACCAGAGGCUAUUGGAUAAAUGGAGAGCGACAUUGGAUAGACAACAGUUUGCGGUGUUUAGAUCUCUUCACGAAUGGAGAGAUACUAUAGCAAGAUUAGAAGAUGAAAGCAUAAAGUAUUACAGCGUAGUCUAUAACAUCUAUUCUUAA